AUGUCGGCGUCUUCCUCUGCCGCCGCUGCCGAGGCCGAGCUGCUGGUGCACGCCGCGUUCAACAGCACCGCCACCCACUUCGUCGCGGCCACGGCGUCAGGCAUCCGCGUAUUCUCCUGCACCCCGCUGAAGCACGUGUUCAGCAAGGGCUUCGUGCCGUCCCCGGACGCCGGUUCCCGGUCCCGGGUGAUCACCGCCGACCUGGCUCCCUCCGGCACGCUCGCCGCCGUCGUGUUCAGGCCGGAUCCCUCGGCCGCCGCACCCAGCGACGCCGACGACGAGGGCGACAGGAUCAGGUACUGCAGCGUCGGCCUGCGCGGGCACUUGCUGCGCGACGACGACAUAAGCAUAAACUCCUCCACGUCCUCCUCGUGCCGCGUCCGCGCCGUCCGCCACGAGGGCGGCCACGUCCUCGUCGCCGGCGACGGCAAAACGGCGCUCCACGGCACGUCGUCGGGGCGCGCCUUGAAGCAGUGCCUCGAGGUGGACACGGGGCCUAACCCGCUCGGGGUGUGCGCGCUGGCGGAGGUGCGCGGCGGCAAGCAGACGGUCGUGCUCGCCUCCCCGCGCCCGGCCAAGGGGCAGGUGCAGGUCUGCCGCCGGGGCAGCGGCGGCGGCCGCGGCGUCGACGUGCACGCGCAUCGCUCCAGCAUCGUCUGCGUCGCGCUGUCCCGCGACGGCAGGCUGCUCGCCACCGCCAGCUCCAAGGGCACCGUCGUCCGCAUCUUCACCGUCGCCGACGGCAACAAGGUCAACGAGUUAUCUAUAAUACAUAAUAAAAGAAAGCCAUAA